AUGCACACAGCGAGGCGCGUCGGCGAGCUGCUCAAUGUCUUCUACUUGCUAGAGGAUCCCCGGAGCGCAGCAUAUGGCCGCACCUCACCCACUACACUUACUCCACCGGCAGGUAUCCAAUGCUCCGACAGCCAGAUCCUCACAAGGGGCAUUCUGAACUUCCAGGGCGUCCUGGAGAGGCUCCGCAUUGCAUGCGACUCUGAAUACAGCCUUUACAGCCCCGUCACAGCUUUGUUGGAAGGCCAGGAGCACUUUCGCCCCCUUGGAGCAAAGCAGCAGGGUUCCCGGUCGGACGCUAGUCACGAGCGGAUAGGACGGCCUCCCAGGCGGACUACUAAUUACGUUAGAUUUUACGACUGGCAUGUCUGCUCCUGCAUAUUGUCACCGUUAGAAUUGAAUACUUUCCAGCGAGCUUUACGGGUGCUGCUGGAGGUCAAGCAGCCAAUAAAGAUCACAUCAGAUAUAAGUGUCAAUCCAGGAGAGUGGAUGCACCCCUAUGGAAGCAGCAAACCUCUUCACAUCAUAGCAAAUAUGGGUAGACAGCGUUCUUCUGAUGCAACACUCUCUCCAUUACUCACCCUAUCAUAUCAACAGGAUGCAUACACAGCGGUAGAAGAGGGUCCAGAGCCAGUAAAAGCGUCUUCUCUUUUGCCUGCCGUAACUACUUGGUUGAAACAUCCUCCAGCACUAUCUCAACAGUCAUCCCACUCACUAGGUUCGGCAGAAGCACUUUCUAAUACAGGACUACUCAGUGGCUACUUUAUAGGCAGUUUUCUCUCUCAGCCACUACAAAGGAAUAAACUACUGAGCACAAGGCAGGCAAAUGCAGGGACAGCUAGCGGUACUGCAGACGCACAAUUACAGCCUGCAGAAGAUUGCAAUAGGAUGAGCGGUGAUGUAUCAUUGUAUGCCUACGAGCCUCUGUGUACUAGUACUUAUUCGCAGUUUGGAGAGCCAACGAGUCUAUCAGACACGUUUUGCAGACAGCCUUCUGAUAACUUUAAUCAACCUGAUAGUAAGACCGAGGAGGAGGAGCUCACUCCAGAGCUCUCAUCUAGAAACAUAUGCACAUUGCAGACGGCAACUGCCGAUGGAAUAGCCAUAUUGGGUGAAUAUUUUAAGAACGAGCGGCUUUGGAAACAACAAACAGCGGCUUUCCUAGCUAAACGCGCGGUUAUGUCUAUCGAGGAUAGGCUUCGACAAAGAAAUCGCCUAAAGUCUUCCCCUAAGACCGAAGCUGUCCUCAUAGAGCAAUUUUGGUCGACCGUUACUAAGGCUAUCUCGCUGAGGGCUACAGAUGAUAUAAAUAACGAGGAAAUUAUGUGCCUUGUGCGCGAUUCUGAUGAUAAUUCGCAGAACUAUGGGCACAGUAAUCACCCACCAGAGAUAGAGCACCGAGCUGCAGCUGACAAUACUAUAGAGCUCUCUGAGCUGGCUCCGUUUGCAGACCCUCACUCUCCCGUGCCUCCGUUUGAGCCACUGGAGGUUGCUGGGCCCAAACACAUAGACUGUGAGUCUCUUUAUUGCAUGGAUGGAAACCUUAUCCAAGGAGUGGGCGCUAUAAGUGCAUCUAUGCCUGCCAAGCCUACCAUGCAAAUAGGGUCGGUUGACCAUACAGACACGCCUCACCUGUGUCCACUUUAUCAAAAUGUGCGGCAAAUAUUCAGGCUUUUCAGUGCAGACCUAUCUGUGUCUCUUAACCUUUUGCAGAUUCUAUUCACUAAUCUUAUUCUAAAGUUCCUCACGCUUUCUCAACUGCUGAGUCUUUCUACUUCUACAUGCUGGUAUCACACUGUCACAUUUGUAAUAAGAACAGGUCGAAUUAUGGCCGUUUCGAUCCGUCCUCAACAAGGAAGUAAGUUCUUGUUUAGAGCCAGAAAGACCACACAUAGGCAAUCCUUUUUACAACUACGGUCCUCCUACAAGUACCUUCCAAUGGAUCUGGCGCUGUUGAAUGCCAGCUACCAAGUCCAUAAGCAACAAAAGACACCACAGGAAGGCUUUCUGGCUCGCUUAGAGAUCACCAGAGCUGCCGUUUGCCGUUUGCUAUACCUGCACCCUUCAGCUCAAUACACACCAGAGACCCAUUCGAUAACACAGCUCUUUAUGCUGUCGGACCAAAUCUCGGCACACGGUCUCAUUCUAGAAACCCGCUUCUUUAUGGAGCAUUCACUUCUCUUGAAUAACAACACCGAGCUUUCCACGUUAACAGAGGUAGACGUUCUCAUCAAGUUCUUGACAGAGUACUUGAUGUCUGAGCCGCUCUUUGACUUUGGUUCAUUUAACUCUGACAUCCUAUUGUCCGAAUACUAUCUCAAGCAUCAAUUACCAGGCAAAGAGAGCUGCUCCUUGACUAGUUCACAUUCCCGUAGUGCUUAUGACAGCACUUUAGUAAAGCCAUUAGCACUAGAGCAAGUAUCUGAGAAGAAAGAUAACCGAGUGUAUGAUCAACGGGACCAUCUUAACCACGAAGCUGUCAUGCUCUAUAAUCAGCUCUUAAGCAUAUAUAAAGACACACUUCCAUUAUUCUUUACCAAAGCGGACGAUUCGAAAAGCCUGCCUAAAAGGCAAACCGAGCUAGACAUGGUAGUACCCUACCUGUACUACCACCCCAAUAUUAGGCACCUUUUGCCAUACCAGGCGCACAUGCUCCUGGGCGUUUCUGCUUCCUAUAUUACAGGGAACAAUUCCUUUAUUAUACGUGCGCCGAGAAAGGUUGGUGUACUGCGGUUUGUUAUAUCAACGUUUCUAACACGGUCAGCUGCUCUGCAAAAUCUCAGGUAUGCGUGCGCAGGGAUGCAUCUUGAGGGUAAGGGUGUUGCAGGCCUCAAAGUGCCCAAUCAGAUUGCGCCUUCCGCAACGAAAAAAGACUAUAGCUCUGCUUCACUAGACGGCAUGCUAAGGAGAGAGCAAGUGCAUCUGGUACUUUGCGAAGAAGGAAAGGUAGAAGGGUUUGUUAACAUGUACAUCAGAUUGCUCUUCGGAGCGCGUGUGUAUGACGUCGUUUCCAGAGAAAUGUUUGGCCAAAACGUGGACCAAUUCUUACUUGAUAUGAAAUCACGGAAGCUUUCGCAAGAGCAUACACAUGUAGAUGAUGUAUCCUCUGUAGCAGACCAUUGCUCGGGGCAGUCUAGCACAUUCUAUCCUAGCUCUGUGUCUCCCAUCAACUUUAUGGAUAUUCUUGGCCAGAAGAUGCUGCUGGAUGAUAUGGAGUCUACUCUUUUUAUUACUAUUCUUUCCUGCAAUCCGCAUCGGAACAGCGUUCCAGUAGCAGAAAUCACGAAAGGUACAGCGUUUGGGCCUCUUAAGCCGCGCUCAAGCAACAGCAAUGUGUUUAGAUGCAUGAGUUCGAGCGACUGCAACCCUGCAACUAUCAGCUUGCCAUAUGCACGCCGCUGUGAGGCUUCACACAAGCCUUCUCGUGCGAAUGACGCGUCUUAUUUGGGGAUGGAGUUGCUAGACACCAAUCCCGUCGACUCAGAACGCCAUGUACGGUGUGUAUCCUAUGUUAUUGGGCCUGAAGCCGAAAACCAAAAGACUAUCAGUGUUCCGUCGCGCAUUGUGUUCAACCUCUUCGAUCAACUGCACGGAUUUCAGCAGAGCUCGAACCAGGUAGAUCAGCCUACCUCUAUCAAAGUAUUUGUAGUAACAUACGAUGCGUUACAUUAUAACUAUGCCUAUACAAAUGGACAGAUCCUAUCUCUUAUUAAAGAGGCUAAGCGAUUAGACACCCUGGUGGUCCACAGGAUUAAGGACCAUGCACCACAUUUGCCAAUACACAUGUACAAGGCCGAUUUCAUCGUCAGUGUUGAGAGUGCAUAUCUUCUCAACAAGGGUGACGAUCUGCGACAAGAGGAGGAGACCAGGAAAAAGUUGCUCCAGCUCCAGAGUGCGCACUCCACAACUCUCACAGAUAAGGCCUCUAUCAAGCAGCUACAGACCCACGAUAAGCGUGCCACAAGUAGCGUUACAAUCUAUUCAAGUGCGCCUUCACAUGAACGGAUUUCGCAGCCAUCGUGUACGGGAGACCAGACGGUCCUGUCAGAGCAAAACGAUCCUUCUCCCCUAGGCACAGACCGGCAAAGUGAGCAGAGCUACAUUUUAUAUGACACAGUUAGUGCGCCCAGCAGUAGUUUGACGCGUGUGAUUGAGGAUACCCCUGUGCACCUACUCUUCUUCGAUCUCGUAGCUUUAAACUAUGAGCCCUCCACUCCUGUGCUCACUAGCAUCUAUGACAUGAAACUGCUGGAUAAGGUCCUUACUGAUCCCGCAAUUGCACUACUCUUCUUGGACGCCUCUAAGAAGGGUUCUUGUAGUAUCUACCUCCACGAUAUUCACGGCUAUGGCCCACAGAUCGCUUAUCGCUUCCCCAAUCUUCAACAUAUUCCGCUGGUUGUUCCGAGAAGAGACAGACAGUAUGUGCAGGAUCUCUCACCAUCAGACUAUUUCGCACACUUUCCGCUACAUCAGCAAGUGGUCGAUGUUUGCAACCCAUACUCUUUCGACGUCAUUGCACCGAGCAAGCGUGGUACUACUCUACAAUCAGUGACCACGUUCGGUGGCCCAUCUUAUUCUUACCCUUUAUCUUACCCUUUAAGGAAUUUCUCAUCAAAGUUCAGAACCUCUGAUCAAUCUAUUUCAGACGACACACUUAAGCUUGUCACUAAGUUCAUUUCAUUUGAUAGCUUCAUAACUGAUUUAAAUGCAAGCUAUAACGCACUUCUUGUUCAGCACCAGAUAGUAACUGCCAAGCACGGAAGCACAAGAACCAGGCACAGUACGAAUUUCUGGUCACAUAUGGGGGCAUAUAUGAAUCCCGUGGUUCUCACUACUACGAUGAAUGUUAGCUCGCUAGAUAGUGUUGCAUCCAUUCUUGCACGGUCACACAGUAUAGCAUUUGGCCGUGGUUCUGAGGGAGCUUGGCUACGGAUGAUCGACUCAGAUCUAUGGGAUAGCUAUGCGUAUCCGCAUACAUUCAGUAGCAUAUGUAACAGUAUGAUACGCCACAAUGCUAGGUUUCCUUCAGCAUAUAAAGACUCUUUGGGAUCCUCCUUGGAUAUGACAGUUGUCUCCGAUAUUCGGCGAUCCUUCCCCGAGAAGUAUCUCAAUGCUAUGAUAUCUCACCUGGAGCAUUUACAGCAGCUUUGGGUGCGUACAGAUGGAAGUCUUUUUCUCAUUCCUGCAGCACCGCGGGCAGCUCCACGCUCCAGCGUGCUUAGCAAUUAUCCAUCCGAUCAGUCAACAGCACAGACCCUUUCUCACAACAUGUCUAUCCCCUUUUCUGUCUAUGACAAGCUCUUUAUAGAUUUCCAAAAGACCGUAGAGACAAAUCACAAUCAGAAAUCUCUCUGUUUUGUUUCGUCUGGAGACUCAUGGAGCAACAUCUCACGUUCUGUAGUGUAUCAAACGCGGUCUAUUUCACUCCUAGUUGCGAUAGAGCUUAUUGACAUCUUCAAGCGCCUCCUGUAUAGGCAGACACCACAUGGUAAGCUCAACAAUCAUACGCCUAACCCCAUGCUUCAAGCCAGCUUUGAGGCAGGAUCUUUUUCUGCAAAGGAUCGAGUAAGCAAACCUGUGCUUGAUAUGCUUGCGAGUCAGUUGAAUGAAACGCUUGUCAGGAUCGAGACGACUGCCAAAAGUCUGCUCUUCUCUGCAUAUCAUUCGUAUCACACGAGCAUGUGCUGUACCACGCAGCAACUCACAUGCCUCCAGCCAAUGGCUAAGCUUGAGAAGAUGGACCGAUUGCCGAACUUAGUGGUUUUCUCAUUACUGAAUACAAUUCGGCUUACGAUCAUCCUUCCCCGCUACACGCAAUUGGUGUGUGCUCAAGCCAGGCCAAAAUUGUAUGGUGAUCCAUGCAUCUGUCCGCACGCUACCAGUACGUUUGCUCGCAUCAAGAAUAAGCUGUCCUAUGCAGUGGAGCUGAAGAACAAAGCAACUUACGUGUUUAAGAUACCGUUUAAGACGCAAAUUCAGCCGAAAUACCUCAGCAUGCUCCACAAGCGCCCCCUUCUACAGCACCUGUAUCAAUUAGAUAAUCAAAACACACGCAACUUACACGAUAAUUUCUUUAAUCGCAUAGACUUUUCCUCAAUGCGGUCCAGGAUUGAGGCCAACAACAAUAGCAUAUCGCAAUAUGUAGGCUCUCUUCUAUUUUUCUACAGAAUGUUACUGAGUAUAGAUGCCAAUAUUAGUAGCAGCACCACAAGUCGAGACACUCAGUUCGUAGUGGCUUUUCCGUUCGCUCAUAACUUUUAUUCGUCUGUGACCAUGCAGCUUUUAGGAUCUGCCCCAAGCGGCCACAUGCUCGAUAGUUUUGGCUGCCUCCUUCCCUUGAAGCUGGUCACUUACAGCGCAACUCAACAUCCUAUCUAUUCAAUAACUCGCGAAGACAAAUUAGUUGGGGGCUUUUUAAUCGCCUCGUCAACCCCCAAUGACAUCAGUCUCUACUCCAUCAACUGUGGUGCUAGUGCUAUAAGUAGGGGGAAAGACUCCACUGUACCAGACAAUCCACCUUCGUUACUCUCUGCUUUCCUUAAUGAAAUCAAUCCCUCAGAAGAGGAUACUAACGUGGAGUUACUGUCAUCUAUGCUGGUCAUGUGUGGUAGGCUGUGCUGUGCUACGUGUCCCUUAUCCUCUAUGAUGUAUAAAAUCCUUGCAAAUAGUACAAGUGGAGUGCUUGCGUCUGCCGUGAACCUGAUAAGGCUUCUUACCCAGGAAAUCCAUACACUGAAUGUCAUAUACACCGAAACCCCCGUAAUAGUUGCCGUAUGCUUUGCUAUACGACGGCUUUUCAUCGAGUUUGGCCUAUAUGGCAAGAGGCAUAAGCCGACAGCAGAAAUAAUAAAGCAAUCCUAUCGCAAGUACAGACAGGAAGCGCAUAAAUAUAAGUUCGGCGAUGACCAUGCCACGCUUUGCCCUAUGUCCCUACAGAGAUUGAAUAACGUAACAUUGGCGUCUGCCAUGUCGAACGCGAACAAAAGUGCAUCCAAUGUCAACAGCAGUCCGCCACUUUCCAAUGAUAGUCCCCGUGGUUCCAAUUGCUUUAAUGUCCGCUAUACUGACGCUUCACAGUCAUCCAACGAAAAUCAACGAAGCAAACAGACAAUUAAUGGAUGUCUACCCUAUAAAAAAGAAAAUUCCUACAAUAGAGUGCCACUUUCACCCCCAGAAUCUUCUAUAGCAAGAGAGCUCAUCGAAAAUAAGGGUGUAGCUGACAGGCAUACACCGUCAAGGGUCCUCUACAUAUCCACCAAGGAGCCACCUAGAAAGCGCGGGAUUGCCUCAAAGGCAGAUGAAUUAGGACAGAUUACCGCAAGUAUUCGGUCAGAGAUAUCUGCCGUCGACGCUGCAGAACGUGCAAACGAGCCCUCGGAGGGCUCCAACGAUCUUUCAGAGUUUUGCCAGAGCACACAACCAGAGUAUGCUUCUAAGUGUACCACCAGCUUGCUGUAUUCAAGGGAGCAGGGGGUCACCGGGGCCCCCACUGAUGGAGUGGGAAACAUGUCUGCGCUACUAAAAUCCCACACUGAAGAAAGGAUCAGCAAGCCAUACACCCUGUACCACGAUAACUCGGAUGACAAUGAGCACGACAUCGAUGAUGCUUUCCUUAGGACUAUGGGCUUUAACUUUAUCUUAGUGCUGGUAAGUACCCAAGACACCUUACAGAUGCUUGGGGCAAUCAUGGGUUUCUCAUUGGGAGAUUGCAACGCUAACAUCAUCAUACCAAAGAGUAACGAGGUCUUAGCAUACAUCACGCCUACUACAUCUGCUGCAACAACGGUAUCUUCCAUAGGCAGGAAGAACUUAGCCUACAUAGGUCUAUCGGAAUUAUCCAUUCAAUCAAAGAAAAGCUGCUACGAUAACAAUAUAAAGACUACUACUGAGGCCCAGGAACCGAUACUACGAAACCUUGCAAACGAAGAAGGAAAGUGUAUUGUUCUCCAGACAGUGGCAGACUUCAUUGACAGCGUCGAGCGCUUUAGAGACGCUCAGCGAAUCCACCUAUUUGCGAUGCCAUGCGUCCAAAAUAUAUUAAUAGUAGAAGCUAUUCAUCGGGCGAAUAUGGCCGAGAAGAUCAUAUGCUGGUCAAGUCCGCCUUUGUACAGAGCUUUUGAUCACUUAUUGGCGGACGUUGCAAUAAGUGCUGAGCUUCUAGAGAGGUUGAGACCCGUCGGCAUGCCCUUUCAGGAUGAUAUUACGUCACUUCCUGAAGAGCUUCAAUACACUAUCCUGAAUCAAGCAGGAAACAGGCCGCUGCAGCAGCUCCUAGUAUCAAUCGUGGGACUGAUAAAAGAAUUUGGUUAUAACAUAUCCCGCUUUUCUAUUUUCGAUGACGACCCAGCACGAUUUGCGAUGCCCAAGUUCGACUCUUCUAUGGAGCAAGAGUCUCUUAGCACCGAGUCGCAGAUUGAUGCAGAGAAGAUGUCAGAUGAAUUUCCUAACAACGGCAGGCAUGACGCUGAGAUUACAGAAUGUGACCCCCAGCCUACUACAGAAUAUACCUGCAGAACAGAGCCGCCCGAAUAUUCGUUUGUGCUAGAUUGUAAUCAUAAAAAUAAUAGACAUACAAGCGUCCUUCAGAGGUGUGUCAAGCAUGCUAUUCGUGAGAAAUUUCAAGAGGGCUUUUCUGUGGGGCCAAACGCGGAAGAUUUUGAUAUUCGGCACAGCCUAGAACCACUUGGUGUAGAAGGCAUACAACACCCAGAAUACAAUUCGGUAGAAAAAGAUCACGGACAGACAGACGGAUCCAUCAUGCUACAUGAGACGCUUGCUGCACUGUCGUCACUGCGUGGUGCAUACUCUCAGCUCACAUUUCCGCUUCGUAGUGACAUGUACCAGAUGGAUUUGAGUUGCUGCCCACUAAAUAUAGUGAAGCUGCUAUCACAGGGGGUGUUUUUAAGCAAGCAUAGCAAUGUAAGUCAUUUUGACGCCUUUGUCUCAUCUUCAUGUGCAGGGAAGAUGCUAGACUUGAGUGGAGUCAGCGGGACUGGGGGAGCCAAUGCCCCGGGAGCUUCGAAAUUCCGCCUCACAAACUUAAUAGCUAACAUUCUGAGUAACAAUCCAAAUAUUAAAGCGUCUCAAGUAUCGAGGGACAACGUCCUUCUAGCCGUACAUAGCACUUCUUCCCUGCCUUCCCUGUCUAUAGAUGCGUCACUAAACAACCACCCACCCAUAAUUAAUCUCAAGAAGAUUGAAAGCUUCUAUCCAGUUCGUCUUCAUUGUGGUUCCAACGGCUCAAUUACAGAAAUUCAUGCAGUUACUCCAGAGAACUUAAUAGUUACCCAUAACAAAGCAGCAUCUUACGCCACACGCAUGUCCGUUCCAAUUCCUGCUCUUGCUCCUGAUUCACGUAUAAAUACUAUCAGGGGGAGCACCUCAGCCUCUUGCGAAACGGUCAAUACCUUAAUCAAGCACAUUGACAGUAUAAGCAGAGCCAUUAUCAUAGCGCCUUCUUUAUCGGACAAGCUCAAGGUAUGUACCAUACGUCCAUAUAAAAGGAUAAACCCAGUCACUGUCCUGGGAAGAGAGCUCAAGCGUACGUUCUACUCGUUAUUAGAGGGUGAGGAAAACACCUUCCUUUCCAUCGACUUCCCAGAGAGUCAGGUCACGCGCAUCUCCCUGUCCCCAAUAUCGUCUGCUUCUAGCUUCAAGCGAAACUUAAUACCUUUCUGUGAGCGCCAGCUGGUGUAUGAAGACCUGCACCCGUCCGACUCUACCCCCUUCAAGCACCAGCUAAUACCGGAUAAACCCACAAUGAACCUGAAUCAGUUUGUGUGGAAGCGGCAGCUUGUGACCAAUCUUCUAUCAGUAUACUCUUCGCACGAGGUUAUUAUUAAGAGUCUGCAGCUCCAGUGUAGGAUGGCUGAGUAUGCUGCGAGAUCAGGACCCUCUUCGAACCAAAUGAAUCAGGAGUAUACGAAUGCUUAUCAGCAGAUGUACACAAUCAUACACACGAUAGCUUAUUCCAUCAACGACUCGUUCUCAUAUCGCUUGCAUAUUAACAACCAAAUAUGUAACCACCUAAUUAUGCGGUACAACGAAGUGAGUAAGCUAUUGAGAGCCCAGCCGUUACUAAAGAAUUCUGCGGAAGCCGUUAUAUCCAUGAGUAUAGCGCGAGAAAACAACGUGAAGACACUCUAUCAAUCAUUUAAAAACGCCGUUCCCCACCUGCUUUUAACUUCAUUCGAUAAGAAGGUUAUACUGUAUCUUCUUAAGCAUAGGAAGGCAAAGUAUCCCGAGACGAUAGAGAUAACCCUCAACCAAUACCUUCGUGAUAAGUACGCUCCAAGGCUUCCGCCCAAUCUGUGCAACAGGGAAGCAGCGGUACAGUAUAUUAUAGCCCAAAAGUGGAGUGACACAUCCUCUAACCAUCUAGUUGAGCACCUGAAAAUUAAGAUUUUGGCACGAAUUGAUGAGCUGAUAGCUAACAAUAUGGACACCGAAGAGGCAGAGCGGAGCCUAAUACAGCUGCUUCUAUAUAAUCUCAACUGCAAUCACAUACUGAGCGGAACAUUCAGUGGAAUAUUUAACAAUUGCACCACGGUGCAGCACGCAGAAGCAACGGUCAAUCUCGCCGCUUCUAACUUUGGGUACAGCACCUUCAAGAGACAAGAUAUUGCACCCUUGCCCAAAGAGUACUGUCUAACCAUCACUGCUAACCGCUGCACCCCUUCUACCCAACAAACAACCCACGAUCUGCCACCUGAACCAAGGCACUUUUCUCUCAAGAAGGACAACCCCCUGGGCCUAUGUUCUGCAGAGGAAUAUUCUCCUGAGAUAUAUGAACCCCCAGAGUCGUAUGCUCAAUGCUGGAAGCCCCUUUGGUGA